AUGGGCGAUAAUAUGGAAUAUGAUGCACCGGGAGGGACAUUGCAUGAGGAUCCGUUUGCUGAUGGAUCGGGAAUCGAUUCGACAGACGAUCAAGCCGUUUCGGUGAUCACAAAAGAAGUCCUCCUCACUUUAGCCAACACAACGACACAAUUUUUCAGUAAUCUUACAACAACUGAAGCUUCUUUGAUUCCCCAAGAAUUUGCAAUGAACCCAUGGAGAGUGGGAUUUUUGGUGGCAAAGGCGGUGGCUGUUCUUUUGCUUUUCACUCUUGUCCUCGCCUCAAGAAGGGAUUUUAUAAAAACUUUCGGCUGUGUCCUUUUACUUCCUCUAUUGGCUGAUGUCGGUUUUGAUAUCUAUCUUGAAAUCGCUGCAAACAUUCACAAAAUGAUUGGAGUAUUCCCAUCGGAUUUCUCGUAUUAUUGGGGACCGGCUGUGAGUGAACCACUCUAUCACACACAAAGCAAAGAAAUCUCAAUCUUUUCCCAUCUUAUCGUUCACUACACUGGAUACAGAAUGUUCACUGAACUCCCAUGGACAUCAAUUGUUCUGUUUCUAAUCGAGAAUUUCAUCUUUUGGUCUCUUCUCACUUCAACAAUUCUACUAUUUCAUUUUGCGAGAAAGGCCAUUUCUCGACCUGAAGAUAUCAAAUAUACGCCGACUUUCUGGCCGUUCAUCCAAUCCCAAUCAAUCCCUUUCCUCCUCGUUGCCCUGACUGCUGUCUUCACUUUAUCCGAUCUUCCCUCAUGGAUUUUCCUCGCCGUCUCAAUUGUCAUUCGUUUCUUCGCUGUCGGAUUAGCUCUAAUCAUUGUCUAUCAAUUCUUUACGUCAUUCUUCUACUAUUGCCAACGACGAGAUGACUAUGUCAUCGCUUCACCACAUUCUUUGAUUCGCUACGCUCGUUCACGACUGUUUUGGAUUCAAAUCUUUGCUCUCUUUGCCCAUUCGAUGAGUGCACCGUUUGUUGGUUGGAGCGCGAUUUCACUGGCCGAAGAGGCGAUCGCCGUUUUCAGUACGUACAAAAUCGAUUCAAAUCUCAUUUUGUGGAUACACAGACUGUUCACAAUGCAUCUCCAUCUCUUAACCCUCCGCCCGUUGAUCCUUUCAAUCAUUUGCAUUGUGAUCAUCUUCGUGAUCGCAGCCGCUUUUUCCUAUGCCGAUUUCUCAAUGUGGCAUGACCAUCGUGGCUUCAUGCCCUAUGGUGUUUCUGGGAUUCUCUCUGGAGCGGGCUCUUGUUUUUUCGCCUUUAUCGGAUUCGAUGGACUGGCAACAGCUGGAGAAGAGGCAAAAAAACCGGGCCGGGCCAUCCCCCUGGCCACUUUCUAUUGUAUGGCCAUUGUCACCGUUGCCUACAUUCUGAUGUCCGGAUCGUUGGCACUAAUGGUUCCAUAUGAUAAAGUAGAUAUCACAGCAGCUUAUGCAAGCGCAUUUCAAUCACAUGGAGCCACCAUUGCUCGUUAUGCCGUUUCACUAGGAGCCAUUUGUGGAAUGACAACUACUCUCUUCGGAGCCACGUUCUGUUUACCCCGUUGUGUCUACGCGAUGGCUCAAGACGGACUCAUUUUCAAGUGGCUCUCGAAUGUGCACGCGAGGACACAGGUGCCAGUGAAUGCAAUCAUUGUCUUCGGCACUCUCACCGGGAUUAUGGCUUUUCUCGUUGAUGUGGCAACACUCGUCGAUUUUCUGUCUUUAGGUACCCUAAUGGCUUAUUCAAUCGUUGCGGCAAGUCUAAUCGUGUUGAGAUAUCGACGUGAGCCAGAGGAGGAUAAAAAUGAAACUAAAGCUUUUCGUUUUCGUUUCCUUGGCUCUUCAAACCUCUCAAAGAUUUCCGUGCAAACUGGUGUCAAUAUCGCGCUUGCCAUUAUGGUGACUGGAUUUGUUGUCAUAAGUAUUUGCUUUACUACAAAUCUCCGUGAGCAUUUCAUCGCUCGUCCACUCGUUGCCUUGAGUGCUUUCAUGAGCGGUAAAGCUUUCCUUUGGAUUUCAGCCUAUCGACAAAAUGAGGCUGAAGUUGCAUUUAAAGUUCGUUUCGUCCCUUUUAUCCCAUCUCUCUCCCUCUUUAUGAACAUCCUCAUGAUGAUCAAUCUUCCAAUUUUGGCUUGGUUUCGAUUUGCGGUUUGGAUGACGAUUGGAAUGCUAAUUUAUCUCUUUUAUGGAAUGAAGCACAGUGUUGAGGAGAAUUCGGCAACGAUAGUCGACUCAAUACAAAUGACUCCAACGACAAAAGAGAGCACU